AUGUGGUGGAUGCUCUUCCCCCGGUGGAUCUGGUUCCUGGCGUGUGUGUCGGUGUGGAUGGAGCAGCAGGACGGAGUUUUGCCCGAUGCCACCUCCUCGCACCCGGGGGUCUGCCCCAACGACAUGAACCCCAACCUGUGGGUGGACGCCAUGAGCACCUGCACACGGGAGUGUGCGUCUGACCGGGAGUGUGAGUCCUUUGAGAAGUGUUGCCAAAAUGUGUGUGGGAACCGGAGCUGUGUGGCGGCCCGCUUCCUGGACGGGAAGAAAGGCCCCGUGGGGAUGCCCACGGGCGCGUCCUGCACCGGCUUCACGUGCGCCCAGCAGGGGUCCGAGUGCGACAUCUGGGACGACCAGCCGGUGUGUAAGUGCCGCGACCGCUGCGAGAGGGAGCCGCAGUUCACCUGCGCGUCCGACGGCUUGACCUACUACAACAAGUGCUACAUGGACGCCGAGGCGUGCUCCAAGGGCGUCGUCCUGGCCGUGGUCACGUGCCGCUUCCACCUCACCUGGCCCAACACCGGCCCGCCGUCGCACCGGGCGACCACGCUCCGCCCGACCACCGCCGCCCCCCUGCCUCCCACCGAGCCCGAGACGCUCGUCGCGGUCGGCAGCCCCGCCCGCCAGACCGUGGCGGCGGGGGACACGGCCAGCUUCCUGUGCGACGUGUCGGGUCGCCCCCGGCCCGAGAUCACCUGGGAGAAGCAGCGGGACGGGGCGGAGGCGGCGGCCAUGGGGCCCAAUCACGUGCGGGGGAACAUGGCGGUCACGAACAUCGGUCAGCUGGUCAUCUACAACGCCCAGCCGCACGACUCGGGCGUCUACACAUGCACGGCUCGGAACCCCUCCGGCUCGGUGCGGGCCCACCACCCGCUCACCGUGCUGCCGCCGGAGCCACCGGUAACCCCCGCGCCCAAGAAUCUGACCCGCUGCCCGCCAGAAGAGUGCCGGAAACCCCCCGACGCCCCCGAGGAGUGUGGCGGCGAGCUGGAGAAGGUCAGCUGGUACUCGGAGCCCAAGACCAACAGCUGCUUCUCCUUCGCCCACUGCCACGCGGACCGCCGGCGGCCCGGGAAGCUCUUCGACACCUACGAGGAGUGUAUGCAGUGCUGCGGGCCCGAGCUCUUGGGCCCCUGCGGGCUCCCCAGCCUGCAGGGGCCCUGCAAGGCCUACGAACCGCGCUGGGCGUACAGCGGCAACCUGCGGCAGUGCCAGUCCUUCAUCUACGGCGGGUGCGAGGGCAACGGCAACAACUUUGACUCCAAAGAAGCCUGCGAGGAGACGUGCCCCUACCCCAAGAACCACCACUGCAAGGCCUGCAGGCCCCGAGGCAAGAUGGUGACGAGCUUCUGCCGGAGCGACUUUGUCAUCCUGGGCCGCAUGACGGAGCUCACGGAGGAGAAGGACUCGGGCCACGCCCUCGUGACCGUGGACGAGAUCCUGAGGGACGAGAAGAUGGGCCUGCGCUUCUUCGGCGAGGAGCCGCUCGAGGUCACCUUCCUCGACAUGGACUGGAGAUGCCCGUGCCCGAACAUCACGGGCGUUGCCGCCGAGGGGCCGGUGAUCAUCAUGGGCAGCGUGAGCGACGGCAUGGCCGUGCUGCGCCCGGAGAGCUUCGUGGGCUCGUCCAGCCCGCGGAGAGUCCGGAAGCUGAGAGAGGUCAUCUCCAAGAACACGUGUGACAUUCUCAAGGCGAUCACCAACAGUCCGCAGUAG